GAAGGAAAAAGUAAACAAAGGAAAUUAUCAAAAUCAAAAUUAGCGACGACCAAAUUUCCACUUCUGAUUGGCAAUUCAGUGAAGGUGCAUUGUUGUGGACGAACGACAACCGAGUAGAAGAAUAUAUUCACAUAAGAAAACAAGAAGCAAUUGAGGAAAAUUUUCAAAUUACCAUUUGCUGGUUUUUUCAGUGAGAAAUAGUUUGUUGUUUGUCUCAUCAUCGAACGUCAACAUCAUUAUUUGUAUUGUCUUCGGUCAUCGUCAACGUUGUGUUACUAGAAAUAAUACUUCAGCUAGCCACCACGACAACUAUACUAAAUCUAUUAUAAGAAAAUCUACCGACAGCACUUCCAAGUACGAAACAAAAGAAAUAGCUAUAACUGCUGCCUUCGGUCGGCUCCGUGUUUGUAGAGCCAGUUCAAGCAACAGUAAUAGUCAGCACAAUACGACGUUAUUCGAAAAAGCUUUUGUAUCGAUCUACUGCUGUCCGUUGUGUAUUGUAGUAGUUUCUAUCAAUCAACAAUUGAAAAAUCGUCUCGAAUAGUAAUCAUAACCGUAAUACCAAUCGUCAUCAUCAUUGCUCAGCAGCAGUUCUUCGUGGUUUGUGAAGUGACAGCUAGUGUACUGUGUGAGUCGACGUGUGAUCGUCGGCUGUGAUUCACGUUGCUGGCGUUGAUGGAAGGCGCCUCGGCGGACGGCCGAAUCAUGCACCCGGGCCACCUGGGCGCGUACGGGCCUCCGCUCGACGCCCCCGCGUCGGCCGACGGAGACCGUAAACAUGAUAUUCAGGAGAUACUCCAACAGAUUAUGAACAUCACCGACCAGAGUCUAGACGAGGCCCAGGCAAGGAAGCAUACCCUGAACUGCCACAGGAUGAAGCCGGCCUUGUUCAGCGUCCUCUGCGAAAUCAAGGAGAAAACAGUACUGAGUCUACGGAACACCCAAGAGGAAGAACCUCCUGAUCCACAGUUAAUGCGGCUGGACAACAUGUUAAUUGCGGAAGGGGUGGCGGGGCCGGAAAAAGGAGGCGGAGCUGGAGCGGCAGCAAACGCCGCAGCAGCUGCUUCCGGGGGUGAAAACGCUAUCGAGCACUCCGACUACAGAGCGAAAUUGUCUCAAAUCCGGCAAAUAUACCAUCAGGAGCUGGAGAAGUAUGAACAGGCGUGCAAUGAGUUCACCACACACGUGAUGAACCUCCUUCGCGAACAAAGUCGAACGCGCCCGAUUACGCCGAAGGAGAUCGAGCGAAUGGUGCAGAUCAUCCAUAAGAAGUUCAACUCCAUCCAAGUCCAGCUCAAGCAGAGUACCUGCGAGGCCGUUAUGAUCCUCCGGUCUAGGUUCCUCGACGCCAGGAGGAAGCGUCGCAAUUUCAGCAAGCAGGCGACAGAGAUUCUGAACGAGUAUUUCUACUCGCACCUUAGCAACCCAUACCCAAGUGAAGAGGCCAAGGAAGAGCUUGCCAGGAAAUGCGGAAUCACUGUCUCUCAGGUAUCUAACUGGUUUGGUAACAAGAGAAUACGAUACAAGAAGAACAUAGGAAAAGCUCAAGAGGAGGCGAACCUGUAUGCGGCAAAGAAGGCGGCUGGAGCGUCGGCGUAUGGGGGCCAGGGAGGCCAGGGGCAGAUGAUCAGCCCUCCCCCCCCGGACGCCAUGUAUGGGAUGGGUAUGAACGGGGCCAACGGAAAUGGUAACGACUACGCCACCUCAAUGGCGGCCGCCAACGCGGUGCAAUCGCAGUUCUCACUGUUCUAAACAACCGCUGACACCCCAAUUGCCAGGCGGUAGAGGCGACUCUGCCCUGGCUUUGUGUACGGAAGCCAUCUUCCGGUCAGCUCGAGGCAUUUAACAGUCGGCCCACUCCAUCUCAAUAUAAGCGUCUGCGCCGCACCUUCUCUAGUUCUGCCUGCAGUGCCGCUGCAGUGGCUUGAAGCGCCUCCGAGGUUCUUCUUCUACCGAAGUUCUGCCGAAGUCCUCAGUGUUGUUCAGAACUGCAGCCGAUAGACGACGACGACAAGAAUAAUAACAACAACAGCAAUAACAACAACGACAACAACCAUAACAAUUAUAACAACGAUAAUAAUAAUAAAAAAUUUUGUACUACAAAUUGCAAUGCAGAAAGUGUCACCCAAUCUUGGUGAACGCAAGCUGUGUCUUCGCACCCACCAUCAACGUUAUCAUCCGUGAGCACCUGUGCUCGUGCAUAGUCGGCUGCAGUCCCUCCUCAGUAGAUCGUGUCACGUCUCUCUAUCACCGGUCUAUUAAGAGACACCCUCAAACGACAGAGACAAUUACCAUUCAUAAGUGUACCAAGUACGCGAUAAGCGUAGAACAGCGUCAGCAACAACAAUCAGAAGAACAAUAUUCUUCCCAACCUGUUCCUAUGAUCAGCUAAGUCGGAUUCACCACCCACCAACACGAACCUAUCUAUCGUUAAUGACCAGAAAUAAUCUGCAAUAAUAACAACUUACCGACAUCACCAAUAUGGCCUAUUUGGAUGACGGCGCUCGGCCGAUGUAUCGGGCAACCGGAUCCAUUUGAAUUCGGACGAUAAGGCCGCGGAAGAUAACACCAACCACAAGAUAAUUAUGGCACAUAUCAAUUCGAGCAGUGAAUAUAUUUGCGUCUAUUUAAUAGGUGUUCGUUGAUUCAGAGCUGGCGUUGAGAAAUCAAAGUGUCACAAACCUAUAGCUUCAUUUCAACAUCUAUGUUACUGGACCAAUCGGACGAGUCUAUGUUAGCAAUUAGAACGUGUACUUAAGAUGUAGAGAUAGACUUUUCAAAAAAGGUGCCGUUGUAAAAGAGCUCGUAUUUUUCGAAUUGUCUAGGCGGUGAUGAGUAAAUUUAGCUAUUGCUUUACGAAACAAACGUGUCGUGCGAAAGGCAAGCAGGAACAGUAACUUGUUUAAAUAAGUGGAGCUCGACACAUUCGUACAUGGGAAGUUAUAUAAAUUGUAAGAACACCGAUGAAAUCCUUAGAGGUAAUACGUAAUAUUGUGGAAGCAUCAUGAACACCGCCAGGUACAAUUUAGUGAGACAAAUUGUGGGUAUAGUUAACACACACUCACCAAAUGAACCUAAGGUCCCACAAAAGCAAACCUAAAAUCAAACUGUGUUCUCUACAGCACGCAAUGAACAUCAAUCGCGGGCUUUUGACGGAGGUGACAUGCAACAAGACAGUGAAAUUAAUAGUGACAACAUCCACAACAACAACAACAGCAGCAAAGUUAUCGGAGCGAUGUCAGCGACAAAACCCGCUCGUCCAUGACUGGCACAACCCAGUAAAUAAGAAGAAGUUCCAUAUGAAAAUGAGCAAAAGCGAGUGCUCGUGUGCUGCAAGCUGAAGGUAUCGGGAUAGUGAUACUGAUCUACAAACCAUCAAAGCAAUCCAGCCCUCCGUUUCGUGCCUAUCCCUCGACUCAGUUCGCGAACACAGCGGUAUGCCAUCCUUUCUCGACAUGAAGCCAACCCGUUUACGUUAUAGUAGUGAUAUACAGCCAUAUAUAUAUUGAUAUGUGCAUUGCGAUCCCCUAGGGCAAAAAAACCCGCGGCGGCAGCAGCCCAAACAGCACGACAAACGCUUUUGCAGCAUCGCGUGGACUUUCUUCUUCACUGGUGCUAAAAGGUGACUAGCGUACACUGACGUGGCAGAUCAAGGACCAGCAGUUCCACACUGGGACUAAAAAUGACACUCAAACGGGACUAACAGAUGCAAUCUCUAUACGGAAACAAUGACGGCUACAAUAUGCAUAUAUAGAGGAUGUCUAUAUGUAGUACAUAUACAUAUAUUUACUUAUUUUCCAGUAAUAGAAUCAAAGAAUAGGCACGGAAAAUGCAAGAAGAAUUCAUCUAGAAAAAUUACCCACGACCGCGACGGCAACAGAAACAACAGUAGUAAAAUGAAAAUUUUGUGACAGCAAACCGAUGUCACAGUAGAUGUUUACGCGUACGCUUCUAAUUCUCUUCCAAGAUGGCCGCGAAAAUGUCAACACUCUAAUGGCGGACGUAUCAAUGAAAUGUUUCGUAAAUAAUAGCGCUCAUUUUAUUUAUCUGUCAUAUUAAUAGGCGGAUCAUGGACCUACGGUGGCUGCUAGUCUCUUCGCUGAGCUUAGUGGCGUUCUGCAGGAACCUGUACGCCUCGGAGAUCGAAAUUUUACACGAUUUACAUUUACUAGGCUGUCUGCUAAGUGAAUUUUAAAGGCUUAUAUAUAUAUAUAUAUGCAGCGUAAUUUGCAAUUGGCCUGUUGUACAAUGUUGUAUCCAUACAGUUUAACCACUGCUAGAUAAAGCAAGUUUUUGUUGAAGUGGACUAUUGUUAUAAGUCGAAACAUUAAGACAACGGUGCAGAACACGAAAACCUCAAAGAGGCAGAGAACGAUCGAGGUCAUCGACGUGCAGAAGAUUAGGUGGAAGUCAUCUUCUUUACCGACAAGCAAACAACGACGACCUUCGACCUGAAGCCAUCAAGGUGACAACAGUAGAACGAAACGAAACGAGGAAGAACGGAAACAAAUGUGACAAAGGUAAACGGUUGGUCAUUGUGUCGAGAGUUACGAAUCGCGAAAUGAAUCGAGACCUAGGAUCGAGUUGAAUCAAUAAUAACUAAAUGACUGUCUAUUGUAAUAAUGAAGCUACGCAAGUAAUGCAUCCUCGUGCUUUCCUUGGUUGGAUAGAGACGACCGAAGUUUUGUCCGACGCAGAACCUUAAUCUGGAAAACCUUAGCCAACUGUCGACGUAGACCAAACGUCAACAGUGGAGCUGUUUUGUUGGGGAGGCAGCUCUCUAGGUUCAUUGGCUUUUGGUUACUCGUCGCCAAAACUGUUUUUCUCUCUCUGUCUCAAGUUGUCUGUGACAAUUCGAGAUCCGUACACCCAGCAGCUUUUAGCGUUUAACUACGAACGAAGCUGUCUGAGUGCAAACUUGAGCAGAGUGCGUUAGAGAGUGGGUUGUUUGCUAUUAGCAAACAUUAUAGCCAAAUCGCGCACUGUAGCACAAAUCCGGUAAUGCAAACUAGGCUUUAUGCGUAGGUAUAAAUUUCUCGCGUUUAAAACUCGCGCCAGACAGGCAACUGUCUGUCUUGAGGGUGCAGGUACGUUUCGAGCCGUUGAUUCGAGCUUCAGGAACUUUAUUGUGUAUCCGUUAUUCUUGCUUAGUGGAAAAGGUUUAAAAGCAGCCUAAGAUAAAAGUGCUUUCAUUAGACUCUUCUCAUCAAGGAACGGUAUUUGGCGGGGGUAAAGUGAUAGAAUGACACCAGUUCUAUUAUUCGUACCCCUCACUUUUCUCCAAGUGGGUUUGGUCGCCAUGGUGCGCGGUUAUGGUUUCAAUUUGCUGGGCAACUGUGGUUCCUACCUACUAACGUACUGCGACAAGAGCGGCCACAAGUAGUACUCGAAUCGUAAAUUUUCCACAGAUUGGUCGUCCCUAUCCCCUUGUGUUUCGCUGCGAUCGGCCCUCCGUUGGCGGGAGUGGCCUCCGCAAGUGUUUCAUUUGAAAGUUAACAAUGAGUAAUAAUGAGAUAUAUUCAUAUUGUCACUAUUACUACAAAAAUGGUAUAAUAAUAAUUAUUAUGAAAUAAUAAUAAUAUCCUUUAUAAUUAUGUUGUACAUUUUGUAAAUGGUUGUGUUAGCAAGAUAUCAAGGCAAACUGCUGCUAGAAGAAAAUGAAGAUGAUUGACAAUGGAAAUGAUGAUAUUACAUAUGGUAAUGACGAGUAAUAAUAAUAAUGAGACGAUGAUUAGAUAAUAAGAUUAUGCACACAGAGAUGCGUGCGAAGACCGCACGUAUCAGACAGUACCGUGUACUAGCCUGUUUGGCUGUAUGUGCACAAUGAAUGAUGCCAGUGAGCGAUAAACACUAGAACAAGUAAGAAUUGGUUGAAAAACAUC